AUGGGAAUCAACCGAGACAGAGCCGCAGGGACAAAUCUUUUGGAACAGGAAGCGUAUACCAACGCAGUGUUGGACAAGUUCGGCAUGGCCGACGCGCGUCCGACGACAUCUCCGUCUGAGGCUGGACCGGUGUCCGUCUUGGAGGACGAGGUGUUGUCAGCGGAGGAUACCACAUAUUUCCGCUCCGCCACAGGCUCGCUUCUAUAUCUCAGCAGGUGCACAAGACCCGACAUUACUCACUCCGUGAUAGUCCUGACGCGGAGUAUGGUGAAACCAGGUCCGAGAGCGAUGCAGAAACUCAAACGCGUACUCAGGUACCUGAAAGGGACUAUAUCAAUCGGCGUACGCUACGGCGAGGAUGCCCAAGAUGGAAACGUCAUUACGGCGUUUGUCGACUCAGAUUUUGCAGGCGACCUAGACAAGGGCUACUCCACCACGGGAGUCGUGCUGUACUUCGCUGGUGGCCUUGUGGAAUGGACAUCAUCCAAGCAGACGGUGGUGGCGACCUCUUCCGUUGAAGCAGAGUUCGUGGCUUUGUCAAAGGGGUGCAACAUCAUCAAGUACUUCCGCCACCUGCUGGACACCAUAAAUCAGACUCACGAAGAAGCAACCGUAGUGUGGGAGGACAACUCGGGAGCUCUGAAAUUAACUCGCAGCUUCCGUAUCACCCCAAGGACUAAGCACAUUGACGUAAAGUUUCACCACGUAAGGUCGCUGGUAACUGAUGGAGUCGUAGACGUGAAGCAAAUAUCGACGUCGCUUCAGAAAGCGGAUAUUUUUACGAAAGGGCUAAACCCGUCGGAGUUUCUCCGCGCCAGUGGCAUGCUGUUAGGAGUUUGA